AUAUUGUACUUGGCUUACUAAUUUUUAGUCUGUGAGUAUAUAUGGUUAGUACCCAUUAUCGAUCAAGGCUGGUUUUCGGGGAAGUGUGAAAGUGUGUGUAUGUGCAUAUCCAUCAGUCAGGAGGAAGGAGGCGCGCGCUAACAGCUUAAAUAUGAGUGAUGGCAGUGAAUGAAGGUUAUUCUUAGAACAAAGUGACCAGAUUCGUUCCUUCUUCUUGGUGGUGGUAAUCACGCUAUUCCAUGGGGUUGUACAGAUGGUGCUUUUCUCGAGGAUGGAGGCAGAUACGUUAUAUUUCCCUCAUGAUCAUUGUUAUUCUAUGUGUGUACAUUUCACUUUGGAUGACCUUAAAACAUACCGGCAAUCUAAAACAAGGAACUUCUCAGAAGACCAUACUUAGAGACAAUGCAGUGUUAAACAGUGUGCUCAAAAACUACUCCCUCAGUCGUGAUCAGGCCUGUAACCACCCCAACUUAGACCCGUAUCACCCUUCGGUAAUGAAGUAUUUUUACGAUGUUGGUCCUCUGAAAUGCGACGAAAAUGAAAACUGGAUAGAAGUGAACAACGGAUCGUUUUGGAUAAAAGACAGCGCCAAAUCAAAACAUGAAAAAAUUUCGUGUGAUUAUUACCCUAUUUAUCGUAAAGACGAGUAUAGUUUUAAGGUGGGUGACAAACACACAUUUACUGACGGUGUCAUAAAGGCACCAACUGAUGUUAUCAAAAUUGCUUGCCAGUCGGGGCUUUUUGGACCUAAAUACUCAAAUAUACACACUACAGUUGCUUUUGAUAAAACGGUACAUGACAGAGUUAACAAAGCCUCUUAUGACGACCUUUAUAUGCCUUUAAAUGUGCUUAUGUUUGGAUUCGAUUCAGUAUCCAGAAACACGUGGUUAAGGACAUUACCAAAAACCCAUAAACACUUCACAGAAGUGUUAGGAGGAAUUCUUCUCAAGGGAUACAAUAUCGUAGGUGACGGGACACCUCAAGCUCUGCUUCCAAUUUUGACGGGACAAACGGAAAUCGAACUACCGGAAGCUCGCCGUGGUAAGCCCGGAGCAAAAGUUGUCGACGGCCAUCCCUGGGUUUGGAAAGAUUUUAAAAAGGCUGGUUAUAUGACCCAGUGGGGAGAGGAUAUGUGUUGGAUUGGGACCUUUAAUUUAAGAAUGUUGGGCUUUGAUAAACAACCAGUUGAUCAUUUUUGGCGACCGUAUUGUCAGGCUACACAAGAAAUACACAAAUAUAGUAAACCAUUUUGUCUCGGUUCAGAAAGACGACACAAAGUUAUGAUGGACUGGGUAAAAGAUGCAUUUCAAAUGUAUCAAAAUCGGUUAAAAUUUAUUUUUGCGUUUCAUUCCGAAUAUAGCCAUGAGGAUUCCAGCAAACUGAAUUGGGCUGAUGAUGAUUUGUUGGGCAUGUUGAAAUUUUUAGAGAACAAAAACUACUUGAACAAAACUGUGUUGAUUCUGAUGAGCGAUCAUGGUGCUCGAUUCCACGCAGUCAGGGAGAGCAUCCAGGGAAAGUACGAAGAGAGAAUGCCCUAUUUUGCUUUUCGUUUUCCAGAGUGGUUUUCUAAGAAAUAUCCGUCCGAAUUUAAAGCAUUCAAAGAAAAUGCAGGUAGAUUAACAACACCAUUUGAUAUACAUGAAACAUUCCUUGAUAUGAUGAAAUUUAAGAAGACAGAUACUAAAGCAGAGAAAUUACCAAGAGGGAUGAGUCUUUUCAGACCAAUACCAAAACACCGUACUUGUAGCGAUGCUGAUAUAUCACCUCAUUGGUGCGCAUGCUUAGGAUGGAACGUCACUUCCUCAGAUGAUCUCAUCACACAGAAAGCAGCAAAUUCAAUUGUGAAAUUUAUGAACAAUUUGACUACAAAUUUUAGAUCUAAAUGCCAUGAAUUGUCAUUGAAAUCUAUCAAAAAUGCUAUGGUUUUACAAUCAAAUCCAUACAUAGCGCGUUAUUUGGGUAGUGCUGACACCGAUGGGAGAGUUCCGAAGGAAUCGAAGGAUGCCAUAGACAAAAGUGCUUUGUAUCAAAUCACUUUACAAACAUCACCCGGUGAUGGAAUUUUUGAAACCACCGUGAAAUACAUCGCAAAUGAGGAUAAAUUUAUCAUCAGUGCUCAUGAAAUCAGUAGAAUUAACAAAUAUGGAAAUGCUGCAAAUUGUGUUUACAUGGACGCACCGCAUCUACGACAGUACUGCUACUGCAAGACAGUGUAAUAUGCGUGUAGGUACUUAAUGCAAUUUUUUUAUAUGGUUUAUUGAGUCAGUACAUCUACAAACUUAUACAAUACAUACAAUACAGCCCAUCCAUAUGGAAAAUUAACAUAUAUAACAUAAACAGUAACUACAACAAUUAGGACUCUAAAGGAAUAAAAAAAAAAAUGGGCACCCCUAAUUAAGUGUUCCAUUCUUUUAAACCGGCAACAAUUAUUAUCUAUGAGCUUUCAAUGAUUCAAAAUACAAAGUUAAGAUCAAUCUACAAAUGUACUGGAUUUGUAGUAUAAGUCAGUUUAGAAACUGUUCAGCACUUUCACAUCCAGUGUACUUUCUUUGCCGACAGUCGCCAUGCUUUAUAGUGUAAAUACUACUAGUCAUUGAUAUUUUUAGAGGGUUAUUCACCUUUUGGUAUUUUGAAUGUGUUCGGUAUUUUGGAUAUGAUCGGAAUUUUCACUAUUCUGGAUGUGUUCGGUAUUUUGGAUGUGUUCAAUAUUUGGAUGUGGUCGGUAUUUUGGAUGUGUGCAGUAUUUUUGGUGUGUUCGGUAUUUUGGAUGCGUUCGGUAUUUUGGAUGUGUACAGUAUUUUCGGUGUGUUCGGUAUUUUGCAUGUGAUCACUAUUUUCGAUGUGUUCGAUUCCUUGGAUGUGUGAAGUAGUUUUGGUAUGUUCGGUAUUUUGGAUGCUUGCGGUAUUUUGAAUGAUUGCAGCAUUUUUGGACGUGUUCUAGUUUCACAUAAAUUUAUGAAAAGGAUAGAGAAUGUGAGUAGUUGUGAAUGACUGACUGUCAUAGUUGCUAGUGUCUGCUUUGACUCCAGUUUUACACGAAACUAUAGGGAACUUGUGCCCAUCCCCAUCCCCACCCCAGAAUCCAUGAAGAAAUAGAAACGGGAAUAAAUGUAUAUUUACUUUUGAAUGGAGUUUUCUCAAACCUUUCAAAAAUAAUUUUACCAUUGUUAUUUUUUUUCCUUUUUCUUGGCUAAGUUAGAUUGGGAAGAAAGUAAAUGCAUUUAGAAAGUUAUAUCCUUUUCUGUAAAGAAACAUGACGAAUCUGUUGAAUAAGACGAAAACAAUUACUAUGGAUCAUUUUUAAACAUGUCUUAUCAGCAUGUUUUUGUAUAUUAAAUCCCAUUUUGAAGACAUUCAAUUCACAAAAUGGCAUUGCCUUCAAGUAUACGGGGCUUACCUGAGUAUGAAACUUUUUAACAAAUUCAAAAUACAUUUAUAACCUCUUUUAUACAUGACAUUUGUUUAAAUCAUUCCUAACAUGAUAAAGUUAAGUAAAUGUGCAAAUGUAUAUGAUUAAUGGAGAUGAAAGGCUUUGUAUAUACAUAAUGACGUCUACGUAAAUUGAAUUUUUAUCAAACUUGGCUUUAUUAUGCAUGAAGAAAGAAUAGAUCCAUAUUGAUUUUUUUUCUUUCAGGAAAUGGUUUUCACAUAAAUUUGUACAAAUGUGUAUUUUUUAAUCUUAUUUUGUUAUCAUGCUUGAGUGUUUUUUUUUUUGUGUGUGAAAAAUUGAGAUAUUGUAAACAGUUAUACAAGCCAGUUAUACAAAACACUUUAAAAAUGAUGAUAAUAAAGCUUCUAUUGAAAUGUUUUUCGUAUAGUAUCAUGAAUGCAUGAAUACGAUAUAUAUGAUUCAGUUGUAAACUGUGGAUUACAUUCUGUACAAAAUA